UCUAAAGGCCAAAGUAAACAGCGGAUGUGGAAAAUUCCCCAACGAAAAAUUCAUUGACCCACUUGCAGAUUGCCCUCAACUGUUGGAAUAUGAACGCGCAAACCGGCAAGGUCGCCCAAACAAAAGUCACCAUUUUUACAAAAGCAGACACCAGAUUUAUCUUUUCGUAAACAGUAUAUUCGAAAAAUAUGAGAUAAAGUGAGACGUAGUGGGCUGCGACAUUAGGCGCCGCUCAUUGAUCGGCUUUUGUGCUGGCGGUGCGCACAUCCAGUCGCCUCUGGUCUGGAUCAGCAGCCAGAGUUAUCGGCGAGGGUCGGUCAAAGCCUUCUUGGGAUUCCUCAAUGGGAAUGAGUCGGAAAGUGAAAGGUAAAUGGCCCCUGUUCACGUGAUAGAGAAGCAGUAGUCUGGAGCAGCCGCUAGCACAAUGAACAUUCGUCCGAAGGAAAAAGUAACUGCCGUCUUCAGAAGACUGUUCAAGUCUUCGCACAAGGAGGAAGGCCCCAGCAAGCCAAAUGGGGCCGCUCAAGGAUCGCCAGCCCGCAGGCUGUUAAGAAGUUACAAAGACACAGUUUCGCCUGCCAGCUCGAGCCAAGCGCCAUCGCCAGCGUUCAGCGCCAAACACAAAAAAGACGAGACUGCCACACAAAACAAAACUGUUCGCGCCAAAAGACUGAUGAAAGAAUUCCGAGAUUUACAAAGACUACAAAACUCAAAACAAGACCCAAUUUUCACGGUAGAAUUAGCGGACGAUAAUCUCUUUGAAUGGCAUGUGAAAAUCUACAAGCUGGAUGGGGACAGCGAUUUAAUGCAAGAUAUGGUGGAGUUGGGAAUCCGCUACAUUCUGCUGCACGUGAUUUUUCCCGACAAUUUCCCAUUUGCGCCCCCGUUUAUGCGCCUCAUUUCGCCCCGAAUCGAAAAAGGCUUCGUCAUGGAAGGAGGCGCAAUUUGUAUGGAACUUCUAACACCGCGAGGAUGGGCGUCUGCCUACACAGUGGAAGCGGUCAUAAUGCAAUUUGCCGCAAGCGUCGUGAAGGGCCAGGGCCGAGUUCAGCGCAAGAGCAAAGGCCUGAAGAUGUUCAGCCGAAGAACUGCUGAAGAAAGUUUCCGAUCUUUGGUUAGGACGCAUGAUAAGUACGGGUGGGUCACGCCAAGCUUGUCCGAUGGCUAGUUUUGUUGACUCUGAAACUUUAAGUAUACGCGCAUAAGGAGUUUCUUCUAGAAUUCUAGAAUGCCAACAAGCCACGCUCAACGAAGUUUACAGUUACCGGUUUGAGUAUCCAAACAGUUGAACGUUGAUCACGUUAAGCCAAUCUCAAAGUUAUUGUAAUGCUCAUACUAAGUGAAUAUAUAUUUUAUAUAUAAAGUUUUCGUAGGCUCGUUAGUUUUGUUAAGAUUAUAUAAAGAGAAACAGUCCAGAUUUAACAGUAUUAUAGACGUUAAUAUUAAAGGUAUAUUGUGGUCCCUUGCAGUUGAACCCAGGGGCCCAGGUGGCUCUACUCGUCUCAAAUUCCCCAGUGUAUUGUUGAUCACAUACUAAAUUAACCGUUUGAUUAUGGAAAACACUUUAUUUCUGUUAAGUCUUCCGAGAAAACUGACGCAAAAUUACCAUUCAGCUAAAGGCGAUGGUUGCAAAUCAAGUAUCAAUGUACAUAAAAAUAGCAAGGGAAAAUCAAAUUAGUUUAAUGAAAAUAGCGAGUUUUAGGGCUUUUGAUGUCCCGUAUAAACGUUCGUUGUGAUAAUUACCAAAUAAAUGUGUUUCCUUAA